AUGGCUCAAGAAGUUCCAAAUUUCAAAUUAGUCUUAGUCGGUGAUGGUGGUACCGGUAAAACCACUUUUGUUAAACGUCAUUUAACUGGUGAAUUCGAAAAAAAAUAUAUCGCCACUUUAGGUGUUGAAGUUCAUCCUUUAUCUUUUUUUACAAAUUAUGGUGAAAUUAAAUUUGAUGUUUGGGAUACCGCUGGUCAAGAAAAAUUUGGUGGGUUAAGAGAUGGUUAUUAUAUUAAUGGUCAAUGUGGUAUCAUUAUGUUUGAUGUUACUUCUCGUAUCACUUAUAAAAACGUUCCAAAUUGGCAUAGAGAUUUAGUUCGUGUUUGUGAAAACAUUCCAAUUGUUUUAACUGGUAAUAAAGUUGAUGUUAAAGAAAGAAAAGUUAAAGCUAAAACUAUUACUUUCCAUCGUAAAAAAAAUUUACAAUAUUAUGAUAUUUCUGCUAAAUCAAAUUAUAAUUUUGAAAAACCAUUUUUAUGGUUAGCAAGAAAAUUAGUUGGUAAUCCUCAAUUAGAAUUUGUUGAAUCUCCUGCUUUAGCUCCACCUGAAGUUACUGUUGAUAACAACUUGAUGCAACAAUACCAACAAGAAAUGGAACAAGCUACUGCAUUACCAUUACCAGAUGAAGAUGAUACUGAUUUAUAG